AGUCUUAAUCACCCUUAAUGAAUACACUAUCAAAUCCAGUUUUCUAUUUUUUGGUGAGGGUAACCGCUCAUGGGAGUUUCUGUCAAGAGAUUGAAUGAACGAGUUGAUGAAGACAUGCCUCUUCAUUAAAUUCAUUAACAAACUUUUUACAUCAAUCGCGGAGCAUUGCGCUGAUGCGGAAGUGAUUUACAAGUUUUUGGAGGUCAAUGAGAUUGAUAAGACGACGGUGGUGAGUGGUGACGAUCUCUUCGUUCACCAGUCCAUUAGAUCUGAAAAAUUUCGUAGCCUUGCCGUUGAUGAAGCUGUUGAGUUCAAGGUUGAGGUUGACAACGCCAGUCGUCUGAAGACUGUUGAAGUUUCUGGACCCGAGGGUGCUCCUGUUCAGUGAAAUAACGGCGGUUCAUCUGGUGGACGUGGUGGUUUUGGCUGUGGAGGUGAGGACGUGAUGAUGGAAAUUAUUAAGGAGGAUAUGGUGGUGAUGGUACUUGCUUUAGGUGUAGUGAACCAAGUCAUAUGGCGAGAGAUUAUUCUCAA